AUGCCUUCCCGCUUGCAGCUGAAGGAAAUCCAUUUGCCCGACGAUUUUGGAGGCGCAGAGUUCCAAUACGCCAACGACAUUGCCCUGGUAGAGCUUCUCCAAGAGGUCGACAUUACUCCGUAUGUGCUGCCCGUGUGCGUGGACUGGGCUCUGGACCUCCCAGACCUGUACCCGGGAGAGUUCGGAACGAUUGUGGGCUUCGGCAACACACCCGAGCAGUCACUCACCGAGCUGCACUCAGUCAGUUUGCCUGUUGAGCGGAGUUCUGUCUGCAGGAAGCAGGCACCCGAGCUCUUGAAUUUCUACUCCACGCAGACGGACAAGUUCUGUGUGGGGUUCGUGAACGGCUCCACUGUGGGACAAGGUGACAGCGGCGGCGGCAUGACUUUCCCCAACGAGGACCGAAAGUGGUACUUGCGAGGAGUGGUGUCCGUCGGCAGCCCCAGAGAGACCACGUACUCGUUCUUCACGAACGUAACGAUCUUCGUGCCGUGGAUGGCGAAAAUCAUCAAGAAGGGAGAGGUGAGCGGACGCCGCUGUGGAGUCGACGUGAGCGAGGCGAACGUGGUGGACGGUGCGAUGGCCGGACGGGUGGACUUCCCUUGGGAGGUGGACGUCUACUACCAGCAGGCUCCGAGCAGAGGCUUCCAGAGGCUGUGGUCCGGUGCGCUUGUCAGCCCGAAACUUGUUAUAACGACAACCUUGCAGCGGCCUCCCGAGGGCCUGCACACCGACAUCUCCGUGUACCCGCCAUCACGCAUCCGUGUUGCAGCUCGCAACAUAACGGACACCCUGGAUUCGACCAAGACAUGGGACUUCAGCGAAGUGGUGAGGGCCUAUUUCCCGGAUGAUCUCCUGCGUCACCAGGGCGUCACGUUAAACUUCAUCAUCUUUGAGCUGAAAGAACCCAUCAAUCUGAUGCCGGUGUGCCUUGACUGGUCAGGGAGCGCCCUGCUACACUUGCCAAAGGCGGGAACGACUUUCCAUGAACAUAAGGACGGUUCCCGCGAAUGGAAAAGGUACUUUAUUCUCAACGAAGCGGAGUGCCGAGAAAGACUUGAUGAGCCUCCAGUUUCUUCCAAGACAACUAUUUGUGUAACAUUGCGCGAGUCUCCACAUGAGAGGCUCGACCGCGGCCACUGGAUUUACAACCCAAAAACGACGUUCGGGGCGUGUGCCGUCAAAAGCCAGCCUCUGUCCUCCUUGGAAGCAUUCAACUUUUGCACUGUCCAAGAGGGUUACGAUCCCGAAUCGCCUUCUAGGAGUCUUUUUGUGAACGUGGACAAUGUCUGGUUCCUCAGGGGCAUCUUGUCCUUCAGCACUGUAAUAAACGGGAACUCCAUUUCCAUGUAUACUGACUUCAGCGAUGCGGAGGUACACCGUUGGCUCACGAAGACCCGCGACUUCAUGGGGAAACCCACGUGCGGGGAUGUCAGCUUGUGUUCGGCGCUCACGCCUGACCAGUUCGUUCGGGGCCACAUGCCGUGGACCGUGGCGGUCGUUGUGAACGGAACAGAGAGGGGCUCGGGCCUGCUCGUCCAGCCCAACGCAGUCAUUACGGAUUUCAGUCUGCAGCUGAAUAGCUCGCAAGAAGCUGUCCCACAGGGUUCUACUUCCAACAUCUCUAUCCUUUGGCAGACCGCAGAUGGCACGACCGAAACCAGUCGAGUGCUGCGAGUGAGCGUGCACGAGGUGAAGGGGCAGCCCGACGUGGCGCUGCUGGAGCUGGACCCGGCCACGCCUGCCCUCACCACGCCCGUGUGUCUCGACCUCAGUGGCAGCGUACUGCGGCCCCUCGCCACUGGGCAGCUGGGGCUGGUGGGUCAGCGAGGGGACCACACUGUGGCAAAAAGCUACGGAAAAUUCUGUAAACAGCUUGUGGUGGAGUCAUGGCACAAAUGGGGACCCACAAACCACAAUCUCGUCGGUGGCAGAAGCAUCGACUAUUUCGAUUGCUUCAAUAAGUUUGCGCGCUCCGUUGGAAAGUUCAACAAAGACAGCGGGUUUUGCAUCUCGUCAGAGAAGAACGUCCUCGAUCCACGAGUCUUAGGAGGCGGCUACCUCACGUACUCCGGCUCAAAAUGGUUCGUGCAGGGCUUGUUCACACGUUACGUCAAGCUCCGGCGGGAAAACUUAGCGGUCGCCGCUGACUUCACCCACGAAGGCUUGCGAGCCUGGUUACGGAAGAAAAUCGACAAGAUAAAAUCAAUGCCGUGGAAAAUCCCUGACAAUACAUCGCCUAAGAACUGCGAAGGUGCCGGGCCCACUUCGCCGCAGGAGUGUGGCGUUUUCGUCGCGCAAGACGAGAGGAGAGGCGGCGGCGAAGGUGGCCAGGACGACUACCUCAACGACAUCACCCUCAACCGCAUGCAGUGGAACGUCAAUGUGUACGUGGACCACGGCGAGGGGGACUUGCGCGUCCGCGCGGGGACUGUAGUUCACCCCAAGAUGGUGCUCACAUCCGCCAUUCGCCUGGUGAAUCAGAACAUCAGUGAGGCGUCUCCCGGAGGAACUCAAGCAUUGAUGCCAACGCGAAACGUCACCGUUCACUACAACACUGCAGACUCGAGGAACACGCUCAUCGUAGACGUGACGGAGAUCCACGUAAGGAAGCGGAGCGUGACGUCGUGGUCGGUCCACUACCGCUACGACAUGGCACUCCUCACGCUGGAGGUGGCGGUGCAGCUCAUACCAGUGUGCCUGCCGGCUCCCGGUUCGCUGGGCACCACGAUUCCCAAACUCACUCCAGGCUCCAAAGGCAUGGUGGAGGUGUGGAGCAAACCAGAAAUCAAUUACUGGCACUACCUGGUGCCAGCCCUUGUGAAGAGCGAAACGGAAUGCGUGGGUAUCAUCCCUGAAGUUGACAUCGACGUCAACAUCCCAGCGGAUGAAUUCUGCGCCCAGUACAUAGAAGAUGAUGCCGAAGACUUGCCGGCUGACUACGGGGCGUCUUUCGCCGUGCAGACGGACGGCCUCUGGUACUUGCGAGGCGUUGUCGGCAUCAAUUGGCGCUUCCACGGCGGCACCGGCACGCAGCGAACCUUGUUCGUCUUCUACAACCUGGACAACCCAGAGCUGCUGCAAUGGCUCCACGACAAGAUCGGCACAUCUACAGUGUCGUCGGCUGCUCCCAGCACGCCUGCUGCUACGCCUGCGUCUUCGUCAAUUGGCACUACCGUACCCGACGACCUCACCACUGUUGCGUCAGCAGAUGAAGUGACAGAGACAGAGGCGGCGUCCAACGAGCCUCUUUCAGUCACGCCGCUGUCCCCAACGCCCUCUACAGGCGCCACUGCCCCGCAAUUUCCGAGCACAAUCAACGAUGAUUUCACAACCACGCCAUCUCCAAAACAAUCAAGCAACGGUUCUGAGGUUUUCAUCUCACUGCUGGGAUCGACAAACACGCCACACGUGACUUGGCCCACGGUUGGCCCUCUCUCUGUUCGUCCACCGCACAAUAGCCUCACGUACUCAACAGUGCCCGAGGCCCCACUGAAGAGCAACCGAGACUCCAAUGCGACCGAGACGUCCACUGCUGAUCGAAACGAAGACAUCGACGUCAAGGACCGUUGGAAGCAAACUGCCGUGUGGCUGGGUGUCGCUUUGGGAAUCGUCAGCACUGCUGUCAUCAUUUGUGCGCUACUUGCAAUGCUGGGGCGUUUCCGUGCAAGGAGCAGCUCUCCAGUGGCGGCCCUGGAACUUGUCAAAUCGGAAGGCUGAGAGCUGGUUCCAUUACUGUGAAACAUUGGCUGAAUUCAAUAAAUUAAAAAAAAACUUGG